UAAAAUAUCAGUGGGGUUUCCCUCCAACGGAAGUAGAUAGAAAGAGAGACAGUGAAGAGCGGAGCCAAGAGAGCGUAGAAAAUGGGGUGGGCAAUUGCACUACACGGGGGGGCCGGAGAUAUAUCACUUUCACUUCCAGCAGAGCGUCGCCUCCCUCGCGAGGCGGCUCUCCAUCACUGCCUCCAGAUUGGUGUCGCCGCUCUCAAAGCCCAAAAGCACCCACUCGAUGUUGUCGAACUUGUGGUCCGGGAAUUAGAGAACCAUCCAAACUUUAAUGCUGGGAAAGGAUCUGUUUUGACUAGCAGGGGCACUGUUGAGAUGGAAGCUUGUAUCAUGGAUGGAAAUUCAAAGAAAUGUGGAGCUGUUUCUGGUCUCACCACUGUUGUUAAUGCCAUAUCUCUAGCACGAUUGGUCAUGGACAACACUCCUCAUAUAUAUCUUGGAUUUGAUGGAGCUGAGGCUUUUGCUAGGGAACAAGGUGUUGAGACCGUUGAUUCCAGUCAUUUCAUUACCCCAGAAAAUAUUGAGAGGCUUAAGCAGGCAAAAGAAGCUGACAGAGUCCAGAUGGAUUAUACACAACCAAUUCAGAAAGAUGAAAAAAGUGAAAGUCCAACCGGUAAUGGAGAUAGCCAAAUUGGGACUGUUGGAUGCGUUGCUGUUGAUAAAAAUGGGAACUUAGCCACAGCAACUUCUACAGGUGGGUUUGUUAACAAGAUGGUGGGUAGGAUUGGAGACACACCCAUAAUUGGGGCAGGGACAUAUGCCAACAAUCUUUGUGCAGUUUCCGCUACAGGCAAAGGGGAAACAAUUAUACGCGGCACUGUUGCUCGGGAUGUGGCUGCCCUUAUGGAGCAUAAAGGUCUCUCUCUCAAGGAAGCUGCAGCUCAUGUUGUUGAGUGUAAUCCAAGAGGGGAUGUUGGGUUGGUUGCUGUGUCAGCCAGGGGAGAAGUCACCAUGCCAUUUAAUACAACUGGGAUGUUUCGUGCUUGUGCUACUGAAGAUGGGUAUUCAGAAUUAGGAAUAUGGCCUUCUGUGCAAGAUUGAAUGAUUUUGGUGAACUUGGUUGCUUGAAGUCCCGUUGUCAGCGAAUGAGAACUGGCUUAAAAUGUGUAAACACUUGCAUCGUGUGUAAUGAAUAUUCUGUGAAAGAAGUUGCUUCAGAUUCAUCAAUCUUAAAAUGCUUGAAAAUCAUGGCCUUGACUUUUAAA